UCGCCCGAGCUGGCACAAGCCGUGAUAGACUGCGGUGCCCUCGACGCUCUGGUCACCUGCCUGGAUGAGCUCGAUCCCGGAGUGAAAGAAGCUGCUGCGUGGGCGCUGGGCUACAUUGCUCGCCACAAUGGCUCUUUGGCUCAGGCGGUGGUGGAUGCAGGCGCAGUUCCUCUGCUUGUGCUCUGCAUGCAGGAGCCUGAGAUCGCUCUGAAGAGGUUCUCCGCUGCAGCGCUGAGUGACAUCGCCAAACACUCGUCAGAGCUCGCACAAGCUGUAGUGGACCUUGGAGCUGUUGCACACCUGGCUCAGAUGAGCUUGUACCCAGACGCCAAACUGAAGAGGCACGUUUUCUCGGCUCUAAGCCAAAUCUCCAAGCACUCUGUGGACCUGGCAGAGAUGGUGGUGGAGGCUGAGAUCUUCCCUGCUGUACUGGCUUGCCUUAAAGACCCAGAUGAGAAUGUGAGGAAGAACGUCAGCACGCUGAUACAAGAGAUCGUAAAACACACCCCUGAGUUAUCCCAGGUGAUCGUGAGCACUGGAGGUGUGGCAGCUGUGACUGAUUGUCUAGGAAACUCUAGAGGAAGUGUGCGACUGCCCGGCAUCAUGGCGCUCGGCUACAUGGCUGGACACUCGGAGAAACUCGCCAUGGCUGUUAUUGUAUCUCAGGGUGUACCACAGCUGGUUAGCUGUCUGACAGAGGAGACAGAGGAUCACAUGAAGGCUGCAACAGUCUGGGCUCUGGGACAGAUCGGCCAUCACACACCAGAGCAUGCAAGAGCUGUAGCCAGGUUUAAUGUGCUCCCCAAACUGAUGAGACUCUACCUGGACACUCAGUGCUCAGAGGACCUGCAAGUCAAGGCGAAGAAGGCCUUAAAGAGCAUUCUUCAGAAGUGCACUUACCUUCCAGCACUGGAGCCGCUCCUCUAUGAACCUCCCAGCGAUAUUCUCAAAUACGUCAUCUACCAGUUCAGCAAGGUUCUUCCUCAUGACAGUAAAGCUCGGAGGUCGUUUGUAACCAAUGGAGGACUGAAGAAGGUGCUGAAAAUUAAAGCUGAGCCUGGUUCUGCUCUGCAGAAGUACAUCAACGCCAUUAACGCCUGCUACCCUGAGGAGAUAGUCAGGUACUAUUCACCUGGAUAUUUGGAAGAACUACUGGAAAGGGCCAAGAACCAUCAGCUUGCUCAUGACAGGAAGCACAAGGACAGAUCUUCAUGAUAUGUGAAAUGAUAAAUAUGCAUUCAUCUAGCAUGUCUGCUGUAGACUAAACUAACUACAUACAGCAUCCUCCACAAUUAUUGG